AUGCACCGCUACCGCCACGGCGACGAGCCAUACGGCUCCUAUGGCAAGAUACUCCCAACGAGCGUAACUGUGCUGUCUGGAGAAGAUGCUCCCGUCUCUCAGCAUACAACGAGCGAAGGCCGCAAAUGGAAGCCGUCUUGGCUACAGAUUCGUCCUAUUCUAGGCAUUGCAUCCCUUGCCAUCACAGUUGCCUGCAUGGCGGCUUCAUUCCUUGUCUUGUGGGCAUCUGAUGGCCAGCCUGUCGACACAGCGCUCUGGAAGGUACAGCCUACAGUGUAUGAAGCUAUCCGUCCUAGACUAUCAACAAAGCUAACCCAACAUAAUUAUCUCGCCAUCGCGGCUGCUGGAGCAGCAGCAGCCGCUCGGUUUGCACAGGCACAGGCCGUACCAGUCGCAUGGUGGUAUUCCGCGAUUGAAGGUACCUCUAUGAGGCACCUGGAAAAUCAAUGGCUCGCCAGUCAAAGCGUCAUUUCGGCGGUCUCGAAGUUUCCCGAUGCGCCAUGGAUCUCGCUGGCCUCGAUCUUUACCACUUUGACGAUCGUUGAUGGCGUACUACUCCAGCGGGCAAGCACUAUUGUCACGACAACUCAAGUCAAGCCUGCCACCCUGCAAUUCCAGCUCUUACCGCAACUUCCACGAGACUUUUCUGGUACAAUGCAACUCGAGACGCUCAUGGGUCCCCCCGAUCAUGCCAUGACAGCAUGGAACGACUGGCUUCAGAACGCAUCUCUGCCAAUGGAAGUGCGAGGCUGCGGUGAGAACUCCACCUGCAGUGCCACGAUCACUGCUCCGGGAUAG